CCAGGAAAAGUCUCUGAAGAAGAGAACUUCCCCAGUUCUUCCCAGCGGGCGCGGAGACGGUAUCAGGCUAUUAUUAAAUAAUACCCACGUUACAGUCCAUAUUUCAUCUUGCGGACGUCACUCUCUCAUUAUCUGGAUGGGUGUGCUGUCGCCAUGGCGAUGAAUCAAGUUCCUGGUGAAAAUAUCUACAUAGGCGGCUUCCUGUCUCUCAAGAACAAGGCCGCAUUAACUAGAGCAAAUAUUACACAUAUUGUCUCCGUGUUGCGGCUUCAGCCAUCAGAGGAUCUCUUUGCUCCUUACAAGCACCUAGCUAUCGAGGUCGACGAUGUCGAUGAUGAAAAUAUCUUGGAGCAUUUCCCGCGCGCCAUCGCUUUCAUUCAGUCGGGACUUGAUGAAGGUGGCAGUGUCCUAAUCCAUUGCCACAGUGCGAUGGGCAAGUCUCGCUCCGCUACAAUCUGUAUUGCCUUCCUUCUCCACCGAGAUCGUCACACGACAAACCCAGAAGCUGCUCUCGCUCUAAUAAGAGAAGGGAGACCACUAUGUGAACCUAAUGAGGGUUUCAUGCAGCAACUGACUCUUUAUCAUCAAAUGGGCUGUCCUGAUGAUGUCUCUGGACAUCCGAUUUAUCAAAGAUGGCUUUAUCAUCGCGAAGUCGAGGAGAGCGUUGCAUGUGGUCGAGCUCCAGAAUUAGACGCCAUACGAUUCGAAGAUGAACAACCAGUCAGCACUGAAUCUUAUUGUGGACAAACGACAGAGAUUAAAUGUCGAAAAUGCCGGCGAAUGUUGGCAACUACGCCGUUUAUCAUACCCCAUGAGAAGCCGAGCCAGAAGAAGUCUCGGGGCGCAGUGGAACCCGAAUGUGCUCAUAUCUUUCUGCAUGCUCUGACUUGGAUGAGGCCAUCUCUUUUCCCGUCGACGCCUCCUGCUGACCAUUCAGACUCUGUCCAGCAAGCAGAAGAUGCACCACUUUCAGGCCGUCUGACAUGUCCAAACCCCAGCUGUGGAUCUAAUAUCGGGAAAUUUGCAUGGCAGGGAAUGCAGUGCAGUUGUGGCAAAUGGAUCGUACCUGCUAUGGGAGUCGCAAGGGCUAGAGUUGAUGUUCUGGAACGAAAGUCCCCAAAGGGGAACGCGACGCCCAAUGCAAGGCUUGGUGCAAUGGGCAUCCGUCUACCGCCCGGCAUGAGGUCUUUCGACGCGGGAGCUCCAGGGACGGGACGAAAUAACCUCUGAAGACAAUCACAAUAGAUAAAAAAAAUUAGGUGACCAUGCAUUCGGACACGCCAAUAUCGACCAGUGACAGACCCCUCGCUGAUAGCGAGGUCUGUUAGUUGCAGCGGCGAAACUGUUGACAUUCAGUCCAGCGACUGAUCCGAUCUUCAUAGGAUCAUUAAGCGCAGCAGUCUAUUACAUCCAGUGAUCCCCAGUGGCAAAUGGCCGUGGAGUUAGACAGCAUACGUUUCGGGAUACCUCACUCUAGGGUACAGCUCAGGCAAAUGAUUGCCAGAUGCGUCAGAGAUUACCACGAACGGUUAAUGCAGGAAGACUAGAACAGAAGUCCUUCUGU